AUGUUGGCUAUGAAAGAUUUAAUUCGUAAUUAUAUGAUUACAAAAGAAGAGGCUGCAGAAAAUAUUCGUAAUGGAAUUAAAAAUAAUAUUACAACUCAUGUAGUAUGGCAUGUCUAUGAUCUAUGGCAACGAUACAAAUGUAAAUGUGAUGAAGUAAUAAAAGCCAUACAAUGUGAAAAGAUAGGCAAAGAUAGUUUGACGAUUCUUCAUGAUUUAUCAUUAUUACAAAUUCAAAUGUGUGAUCUUGAAGGAACACGUCAUCAAUUAUUUAAUUUAAAACUUAGUCAACGACAAUCAUGA